AUGGUUCGGGGCCAAGACGUUCCGGAGUCAUCCACGCCGGGGCCGCUGCCUCUGCUUCAAGAAGGCCUGGACCGUCCCUCCGGACCUGGCCUCGCCUUCCCACGAUACGUGCCAGCACAGCUCGCAGCCCUGGGAACUACAACGCCCAUGAGCCUCGGGGGCGUAGGCGCUAUGAGAUGCUCCACAUCGCCCCCCGGCGCCACCAGAGAGAACUGCGUGGCUCCUGAGCCCGCGAGAUAG